AUGACCGGCGGAUGGGGCGCGGGCGGGAUAUUCUCCGGCCUCACCUCGCUCUUUGGCAACGGCAGCGCUCCAGGCGACCUGGGGGGCAUCUUUGGGCGCAAGGGCGGAAACGGGAAGGGCAAGGGGAAUGGCGGAGGCGAGGGGGACGGUACGGAGGGUGUUAGCCCUGCAGGCGCGAGUGAGGCAGUGAUUGGGACGAUGGGGCGCGGGAAGAGCGCGGGAGGCGUGUUGGCGAAGCUGAAAGGCAGCAGUGUCGCGGCUGAUGCGCUGACAGCCCCUGGCGAUGCCAACGCCACCGGCGUCCUUGAAAUCACCCUCCUGCAGAACGGCACGGACUACGACGUGGCCUUCACGGCGUGCAUCUCCCUCUCCACUGACGCCGCGCCCACGGCGCUCACUCUCAACAGCGGCAGCGCCGGCACCACCGGAGCGACUCUGCUGGACUUUUCCACAGCCAUGGGCGCUGACGGCAUGUCCCCCCCUGCAUGGACCAGCGUGGCCUCGCCCUCCCCUGGCAGCGGCCCCAUGGGGCACGCGUGGGGCCGCCUGCAGCGCGCAGCGGGGCGCUCGGCGCUCGUGGCAGGGCUGCACACGUUCACUCUCACGGGCGUGUGGCGCGCUGCUGCCACCGUGGCUGCUGCUGACGGCGUGCAGACGGUGAAGGACGUGGCGCUGGCGGUUGUGGCGCAGCCCCCGCCUUCUAUGCUCUGCUCGCUUCUCCGGGCUUCGAGGCUGUGUGCUACUGAGAUGGGGAUGACUACCUUCGUUGAGCCUCCUACAGAGUCUGUUGUUAGAGGGCCUGCUGCUUACAUGAGGAUAGGGUUGUGUCAUGUGUAG